CAAAGCCCCAAAGCCCCGAAGCCCCGAAGCCCCGCGGCCAUGGCGCGGGGCCUGCUGGACGCCUUCCGCAAGCCCGACUUCAAUGUGGCGGCCUUUGUGCGGGAUGCCGGCCAGGGCCAGGACACGCUGAGAUUAUCGCAGCAGCUGCAGGAAGCUGCGCUCCAGUUGGAGGAGGACCUGCGCCGUGAGAUCGCCACCUGCCACGCGGAACUGCUGCAAAGCGCCAGCAGCAUCAACGACCUGGACGGUCAGCUGGGGGAGGCCCAGCAGAUCGUGGCCACGCUGAAGGCCAACGCCGCGCGGCUCCGCAGCGACCUCCUGGUGCCCUUCCAAGACGUGAAGCACAAGGUGGAGCUCCUAGAGCGGAUGCAGGCGGUGAACGUGCUGAUCCGCCGCGUGGUGCGGUUCUUGUGGGAUGCCCGGAAGCUGCGCAGCCAAAUGGACGCCCCUGGCAAGGACUUCUCCAAGGCGGCCCACACGCUCCACGAGUUGGAGCAGCUGCUGGCGGGCAGCGGCCUGGACAAGGUGGACAUCCUCCGGGCGGAGGUGCUGUGGAUCCGCGACGUGGGGGCUCGGGUGCGCCGGCAGUCGGAGGAAGAUCUCCGGACGGGCGUGCGGCAGGGGAACCACAUCGCCCUGAGCGUGGCGCUGCAGGUCUUCUUCAACCUGCAGAGCUUGUGGCCCUCCCUGCGGAAGCUGCUGUCGGAGCUCUUGGAGGAGGUGAGGCAGGCGCCGUUGCCGGGCAACGGCUUCCCACAGGCCUUGGAGGUGAAUCUGCAGGUCCUGGUGGCGCAGACGCAGCGGGUCCAUGCGCUGGACGAAAUGGUCCAGUCGAAGACGGACCCGGUGACGCACCAGAGCUUCCAGUCGGUUUUGGAGGCCGCGGGCAUCAACUCCCUGACCAGUCACUUCUGGUCUGAAGCCGCCGGGGUCUUCAAAGCCAAGUUCGCCAAGGUGUACCAGGACCGGACGUUCCGCGCAAAGGCCGUGGCAGAGUGCCCCAAGGUGCUCCAGAGUUUGGUGGCGGCAGUGGAAAAGCUGGGCCGCGGCAAGGUCAUGAAGGCCGCUGAGAGGGAGACGCUCUUCCAGUCCGCAGGGGAGCUGCGGAACGAGUUUCUGGGUGAAGCGAUCCGCCGCAUCUCGGAGCCGGUGGAGAUCAUGCUGCCGGAUAAGUUGCUUUCCUCGCUGAGCGCCAGCGGGGAGCGCCUGGGGGGCGAGGAGAGGGCCAAGGAGGAGCUGCCGACGCUGCACGACCUGCGGCGCUACGUGCAGCUCCUAGCCACGGAGCUGGAGCGUGUGGAGGCUUGCCCAGAGCUUCUCCUCAAGGAGAUCAUACGCGCCGUGCGCAGUUCCGUGCUCUUCUUCGCCACCCGCCUAGAGCAGGUGGUGGACUCCUCCUCGGAGCUGCAGUGCCUCAAGUCGGAGGGAGGGCGCUUGGAGUUGUGCUCCCCGCUGCCCAUGCCCUCCCCAGGCCACGCGCGGAACGCGCGGCUCUUCGGCAUUGCGCACCACACGCUGGCGGCGCUCAAGGAGCUGCCGCAGCGGUUUCAGGCCCAGGUGGUUACCCAGCAGGUGACCAACACCUUGAAGCAGACCCAGCAGGCGGUGGUCCUGCCGGUCUUGGGCGCCUUGCAGGGCUCUUUGCCUGAAGCCUCGCUCGCCGGCGGCGCUGAGCUGGCUGCUCUCUGCCAGGCCUGUUUGCACCUGAACCGGUACUACUUCUCCCUGUUUGGAGCCGGACAGCUGCAGGCCUACCUCAAGGACUUCUGUGGCUACUGCCUGCGCUGCUUCUUGUCCGCCUGGAGCCUGAAGAAGGCGGCCUCGGAGAGCUUUUUGAAGGACCUGGGGCAGCUGGAAGCCAUGCUCUCCGCGCUGGAUGCCGACUACCAGUCGCGCAUCAGAUACGAGGCCUCCGUCCUGAAAGAGUUCAAGCGGCUGGUGGCAUCUCCGGCAGCGUCCUUGGAUUUCGAGGAGCUCACCAACGUCAUCCCGUUGCAUCUGUUGCUCACCUACCUCGUGCAUCAGGUGCAGGCGCCGAGUUUGCCGGAGUUUCUGGGCACGAGCAGGGCUCAGUACCUGGAGGCCUCCCUGGAGCUCUGGGACGAGAAGCCGGCGGCGCUGGAGCAGCUGAAAGCCCAGGUGGUGAGCUGGUCGGACAAGUGCAACUUGGACCCCACAGAGUCCUCCUUAGCCGCCUUCAUCAUCGCCAAGACCAGCUGAGCUGCCUGAAAAUGCGUGUGGUGGCUCCCAGCCUUCCGGUUCCUUAGCUUUUUAGCUUUUUAGCUUUUUAGCUUUUUA